CCCCCUCCGCCCGUCCUUUUUCUGUGUGCCUGAGGCGAGAGCUGUUUCCCAGGCCGUGAGGGAGGGGGGCACAGUGCGUUAUCUCCUGGCGAGGGAAGGUGGGUGCUCGUGCUGCUUUAGCUCGAGCGGAGGGGAAGCGAGGCGAUGUUGGGACCCAGGAGGAAGCCGGCGCUGAGCUGAAGGUGGGAGGGAAGGGGGAGAUGUGCCGGCCUGGCACCACCACCAGCUUCUUCAGCUGCUGCCAUCACAGUCGAUGCUGCUGAACUGGGAUUAGGUAAUCUAAUCCAUGGGGAAAGUGGGGAAGAUGUGGAACAGCUUCAAAUAUCGAUGCCAGAAUCUCUUUAAUCCUGAAAGUGGAAACCGAAAUGAAAACGUAGAUGUGAACUCCAAUAGUUCAUCAGUUAAAGAUAAAAGUGUAUUUGUACCUGAUACCACUGAGCAGCAGCCAAGCAGCCCUUUAAGAGAUGUCUCUUUACAACUGAGUUUAAAUCCUUCAAGAAAUUCUUCAAGAAAAAAUCAAAACUGCGCCACUGAAAUUCCACAGAUUGUGGAAAUAAGCAUUGAGAAAGAAAAUGAUUUGGGUGUUGCCACCGGAACUAGACUUGCACGGAGGGACUCUUACUCACGGCAUGCACCGUGGGGUGGGAAAAAGAAGCAUUCCUGCUCUACAAAAACACAGAGUUCUUUGGAGAAUGAUAAAAGGUUUGGCCGUUCACGCUUGCAAAGGAGGGAGAGGAGAUAUGGUGUAAGCUCAGUUCAUGACACAGAUAGUGUCUCAAGCAGGACCAUAGGGAGCCGUUCUUUACGGCAGAGACUGCAGGAUACUGUUGGCUUAUGUUUCCCUGUUAGAACUUACAGCAAACAAUCCAAACCUCUCUUUUCUAAUAAAAGAAAGAUCCAUCUUUCUGAACUAAUGCUAGAAAAAUGCCCUUUCCCUGCUGGAUCAGAUCUGGCUCAAAAAUGGCAUCUAAUUAAGCAGCAUACAGCCCCAGUGAGCCCACAUUCAGCUCUUUUUGAUGCAUUUGAUCCUUCUGUGGCUUCCACAGAAGACGAAGAAGAUAGGCUUAGAGAGAGACGGAGGCUCAGUAUUGAGGAAGGGGUUGAUCCUCCUCCUAAUGCUCAGAUACAUACUUUUGAAGCUACUGCACAAGUUAACCCAUUAUAUAAACUGGGGCCGAAGCUGGCCCCUGGCAUGUCUGAGCUAACUGGAGACUGUAAUUCGACAUCACAGGGAAGUUGUGAUCUAGAGGAAGACACCACAACCCUCUGCUUGCAGUCACGCAGACAAAAGCAACGGCAGAUGUCUGGAGACAGCCAUAGCCACAUCAGCAGACAAGGAGCUUGGAAAGUACAUACUCAGAUUGAUUACAUACACUGCCUUGUGCCAGACUUACUGCAAAUUACUGGUAAUCCAUGUUAUUGGGGUGUAAUGGACCGCUAUGAAGCUGAAGCACUUCUGGAAGGAAAACCUGAAGGCACUUUUUUGCUCAGGGACUCUGCUCAAGAAGACUACCUCUUCUCUGUGAGCUUCCGCCGUUACAACCGGUCUCUACAUGCCCGCAUUGAGCAAUGGAACCACAACUUCAGUUUUGAUGCUCACGAUCCUUGUGUGUUUCACUCCUCCACUGUUACUGGACUCCUGGAACACUACAAAGACCCUAGCUCUUGCAUGUUUUUUGAACCAUUGCUUACUGUUUCUCUAAACAGGACUUUCCCUUUUAGUCUGCAGUAUAUCUGCCGGGCAGUAAUCUGCAGGUACGCUACAUACGAUGGGAUUGAUUGUCUCCCUUUGCCAGCAAUGUUACAAGACUUCCUAAAGGAAUAUCACUAUAAGCAAAAAGUUCGAGUGCGAUGGUUGGAGCGGGAACCAAUUAAGACAAAAUGAAUGGACUUCAGAGUCCCUUGUAAGCGCACUAGAAUCUGCAUUUUUUGUUUUGUUUCGUUUUUUGAAGGGGGGUGCAUUACAGUAACUGCAGUAAGCACAUCAGUGCUUAGUGCUUUUGAAGGGGGCAGUAUUGUACUUUAAGCAUAGAAUUUUUAAGAUUGUCAGAUGCUGCCUGUUAUUAAUCAAGGCUAAUUGUGAAUACCUCUUGAAACAAUAUGCAGAACACAAUGUAUGUUUUUAAAUGUGAGCUUUUUAGAUUAUGAUUUGCCAAUUCCUAAAUGUAUUCUUUUGACCACAGUUGCUGUAGUUAUUAAGUGAGGCAGCUAUUGGGCAUUAACAUGUUCCAUUCAAUUUGAGGAUGAAGAACGCUGUUGGAGCAUUAAGAUACCAGCAGCUAUGUUCCAGUCUAGCUUCUUUUUCAGCAGAAAUUAUCUUUUCAAAAUUCAGUUCUUUCUCCUAUGUCAGUUGUUAGAUUAAAGCAGUUUUAAGAUGGAAAAAAACAUGAGCAACAAGGCAAACCUUGCCUUAUAUCUUGCAUUUAAAUGGGAAAAAAAUCUAUUGCUUGUUAACAAACACUUGGCAAUUGGAUUCUUUUAGCUCUUUUUUAAAACCAAAGGCUUUUUGCUGUCACCUGAAUAAUCGUUUAGCUGCACUUAGUGCAAUAAUUUAAUCAAUGAAAUAUGCAAAAUCUUGCCUAUGAAUAAAAUCAUUCUAUAAAAGUAAAACACUUUUGAAGAGCUUCAGAUGGAAAAGGGGGAACAGCUCUGCUAAAAUUAGAUCUGGCUCCUUCCACUAAAAAUAACUUCUUAAAAUCUGCUUAAUCAUGGCCAUCUUAUUAAUCUGUUAAGACAGUGUUAAUCAGUUAAUUUAUAUGGUUAAUUACCUGAACAACAUGCCCCUGCAUUUAAACAUUUUAAGCAAAUUUAGUUCAGGUAAGUUUUUAAAGUAACUGCUUACUAACCUAGCUCCUGCUGUUGGGUAUAGCUGUUAAACUGAAUUUUGUUUAAGGUGUCCAGAUUGGAACUUUAUAUUAGCUAAUUUUAAAUGGUUCAAACAGUAUUUUAAUUCUCUAGUAAAAACUAUAACAGUUACCUGCUCCUUUAAUUAUGAUUUCAAGCUGUUGGACAGUUAAAAUUCUGUCCUCCUUCUCAUCUUCCCCCCUCCUCCACUCUUUGCAGUGCAUCAGAACUAAAGUUUCAUCCUUAAUAGGUACUGUUGUGUUUGUAAACUGUAUAGCACUUUCUUUGUAAUAUGUAGGUUGUGUGCUCUUUGAGCAAAAUGCUUUGAGAUUUGCUCUGUUUUGCUUCCCUUUUUUUGGCUCUUGGACAUAACACAACCUGUUUUGUCCUAGCUGUGUUUGCACUAAAACUUACUUUGGAGUAUGGAGUCCCUUGUUCUUGCUUAUGUAUCUUGUAUCAAUGAGUAGGACUUCCUAGUUACUUAACAGUUUGUUCUUAUGUCUCCAUGGCAGUGACUGUGAGGUAGGGAAUCUCUGCAGCUACAUAUAUGAGAAGUUUUACUUGUAUGCCCACACUAACCAAUUUAUCAAAGUGCGUGUCUCCCUCAUUCCUGCUUGCUGUGCCUUGUUACAGCUUUUUUUGUGCUAAUAAAGUACAGAAUUUUCAGUGUUA